AGAGCAAGGAAAGAAGAGAGAGUGUCACCUGAGUGCGUACAUCGUUGCAGAAGUAACUGCGGGUGGUUAUUUUUGGCUGUUCUUGGUCAGUCUGGGCGUCAUCUUUCUCACCUGUGCUGCCUGCAGGUAUCAUUUGUUGUCUUUUUUGGAGGUGUUAUCCACAGCACACCGUGGAUGAAGAAGCCUCACUCCUCGGUUUCUUCAUGGCAAGGAGAGUCAAUAUUGUGUGCCUAGCAUGGCUGCGGCUCCUGCACCGACCUCCCUGGGACCGGUAUGGCUUUUAGCCGCAUCAGUAAACUGGACCCCCCUUGCCGAGGCAUCUUCAGGAAAGCGGCGGUCAUGCUGUGCACCCUCUUCACCUCCCUCUUCCUUCUGCACUGCCUCACCGCCCGCUGCAGCACCACUUCACCAGUUAAGGCGUCCUCCGGCCGGGCUGCGGGGCUCUUCGAGGACUUUAGGUCAAUGAGGACUAAAAGACUUGCGUACCAGUGGACACCCGGGUCGGAGCUUACGGGCUACGGGGUCGCCAGGCGCUCUUCACGGGUUCUCGCGGAUGAGCGCUCGGGGCAGGUAUCCGAACUGCCCGAGGAGGAGUCUUUCAUCUUGCCGCCACCGGAUUUAGUUGCUUCCCGGAAAGUGUCGCCGAGGUUCGCAGGUAAACUCAGUCCGCUCGGGGAGGGGAGCAAGAAACUGCCCCAAGCUCUCAUCAUCGGGGUGAAGAAAGGAGGGACCCGGGCUCUGCUGGAGUUUCUCCGGGUUCAUCCGGACAUCAGAGCCGUGGGAGCGGAGCCGCACUUCUUCGACCGAAACUAUGACAACGGACUGGAGUGGUACAGAGAGCUGAUGCCCAAGACUCUGGAGGGCCAGAUCACCAUGGAGAAAACCCCCAGCUACUUUGUGACCAGAGAGGCUCCGGCCAGGAUAUCCGCCAUGUCCCGGGACACCAAGCUGAUCGUGGUGGUGAGGGACCCCGUCACCAGGGCGAUCUCGGACUACACACAGACUCUGUCCAAGAAGCCGGACAUUCCCUCUUUCGAGAGCCUCACCUUCAAAAACAGGACUACGGGGCUCAUCGACACCUCGUGGAGCGCCAUCCAGAUCGGCAUCUAUGCCAAGCACCUGGACAACUGGCUGCACUACUUCCCCAUGGAGCAGAUCCUGUUCGUGAGCGGCGAGCGUCUGAUCAGCGACCCGGCCGGAGAGCUGGGCCGCGUGCAGGACUUCCUGGGGCUCAAGAGGAUCAUCACUGACAAACACUUUUACUUCAACCAGACCAAGGGUUUCCCGUGCCUCAAGAAGGCCGAGGGCAGCAGCAAGCCCCACUGCCUGGGCAAAACCAAAGGGCGGACCCACCCCAACAUUGACCCUGAGGUGGUGCAGAGGCUACGGGACUUCUACAGGCCCUUCAACAUGAAGUUCUACCAGAUGACGGGACAUAACUUUGGUUGGGAUUGACGUGAAAAUCAUCAAAGACUUUUUUUUUUUUGAUGAGAAGUUAUUUUUUUUCCUUCUGUAAUUCAAUGGCAAGAUGUGGAGAUAUUGCUAUAUAUAUGUAAAAUGUACAGAAAUCUAUUUUAUAAUAAUUUAUUUUUAUUUCUAAGCAAUUAAUUCACUAAGCUGCCUAACCAUAUUUGUACAUAACAUCUGGCCCACAUGUUGUUUUUCACAUUCCUCAUUUUAAUUUUGAAUUCUACCGCUCCUCCCUCGUGGUCCUGUAAACUCGGCGGAUUUAUCAGUGCUGCCGUAAUGCAGAUAAUCAGCGAUGACUGAAGUCGAAAUUAGGGUGGAAAAUGUAAAAGCACCAUAUUACGGGUACAGAGCGCUCACUAAGAAGUGGAGAACACCUAUCCAUGUGCAUCCUCAUUUUAUAUGCAUCAUAACUUUCAUCAUUUAAAACCUUCAUUCUGAGUGUAAUUCUUCACUGCAACACAGACCUUACAAUUAAGUUUUCCUCUAUCUAAUUUUCCUCCACCGGCAUCAUUUUAAGCUGCAGAUCUCAUAUCCCUUUCCACUCAAUAACAGUUAGAUCAAUAAGCCUAAUUGAUCUUCAUUGUGUCACUCAUGCUUAAAGUAUACAGCUGCCCUUUCAUUCUCACUGCUCCUGCUGCCUGCUCUAAUGAAUGACCCAUCCAUCAAACCUUAAAUCCUAUCCUGGACCACAUGGACCCAUGUUAACAUUAUGCUAAUCGGGUAAAGGUAACUGGCAGAUCGAUGGAGUCUCCGUUUUCUGACUCCCCAUUAAGAAGCAGUGUUGGCUGAGAGCCAGGCCUAUCUGCUCAGUUCAAAGGUCAUGCAAAGUCUCAAUCAAAUUUCAUUAAGAGGCAUUUGAUUUGUUGAGGAAAGCGGAGCCGGAGCACCGAGUGUCAUUGGGAGUGUGUGUCUUGUUUUCACUGUAUGAUGAAAAAAAAAGCGUGAAGCUCAUAUAUCAGGAAUGGAGCAUAUAGAUAGAAAAUAUGACAGACAAACAACAACUCAGCUUUGCCUCAUUGAAACAGAGCUUUUUAAAAAAAUUGUCCGCCAUGAGAUCCCAGACUGAAGAGAUCAAAGGAAGAGGAAAGGGUUUUGUGAAGCACUCUCAGCACAGCAAGAAUUGCCACAGGCCCGUUCAGUGUCCAACCUCUCUAGUGUCGUCAGAAAACCUCAUGUGCCAUCAUCCAUGGCCUAUAUACUUUAUGCCUUAUUCACUCACGUCAUCCUCACACGUCUCACAAUCUCAACUUUCUACUUGUUGCCAAAAAAAAAAAAAAACACUGGGUUGAUAUCACGUUUCACACAGCUUGAGUCGAUAUCUCUGCUUUUUUCUGCUUCUUUGUUUCUGUCUUUCUACUUGAAUUCUUGAUAUGCAAGAGGGAGAAAAAUGUGUGGUUAUCAUUCUUUCAUGUGGUUCCCCAUGUCUUUACAGCAGGUGGGGUACACUAUCAUAAGGGCAAUGGGAGGUGGCCGUGCUAUGCUAUGCUAUGGUGUGCUACGCUAGGCUAUGCAUGCUCAAUAUGGCGGCCAAUAUUUAAAUAGAGGGAUGAUGGGAAGGGAUAAGCAUCCACAGGAGUGCAUCAUGUGUUUAAGCAGGGCCAGACUGAAUGUACACAAACUAUCCUCAUACUAAAACACCCUCAAAUCACUUUUUAAAGUUAUGAAAAUGUAGUGCCUCUUUAACUAUCCAAUUCAACACACUUAGCCUGUUCCUGUCAUUAAGACAGAGAAUUACCCCAAUUCAGCUAUUUCUACUAUUUUCCAGUUGAAACCAGCUGCUUGGUUUAGCCUCAAACCAAUAGUUGGAAGCAGGGGAGAUGAAAGCUUGCUACACUGCAUUUUCUGUAGUGCUAUUUUUAACUUUUACUCUACAAGAGCGAGGAUUCUUUUAGCAUGAUUUGAUGUGGAGAAAGCCUUCAUCCCCCCUUCUCUUCUUUGUGCAAUGUUCGAUUAUCAAAAAGCAUUUAUGAUGACCUCUCUCAGUAAGCUGUCACACUCUGGAAGGAUAGUCUGAGAUGUUUCCCUGUAAUUGAUGGAGAAUUGCAUAUGGAUUCCGGUCAAGUUUAUGUAACUGAGGGAAAAUCUGAAAAAGAAAAAAAACAAACAACUCGCACUCAUGGGUUCACUCCGUGUUGCUGCAUCGGUUAUGGUUGAGUUUUAUUCAACCUGUCUUUGAAAUCUAAAAAUGUAAAAAAAUGUUUGUCUUACCCACAUAUAAUAUGUAUUUAGACUAGCAGAUCUGUAUGUACAAAAAUGAAAAAGACAUGUAAAUCAAGUAUUUUGUGGUAUGUACAUCAAAGGAAUUAAUUUUACACAAUGCAAAAGCAAAAUGGAACAGAUGUUUCUAGAUGAUUAAAUACUGAACAUUCAAAAGAUUUCUUUGUAUGAAGAAAUAAAUAAAAAAGUAUAUA